GGAAGUGGCUUCGUGAAUUCAACAUGGCUGUUGUCUGCAAAUAGAGGAGGAGUUGUUUUAAGCAAUGAAGUAAUCCGGGCUUCUCAAAUUGUAGGACAAUUGACUCGGUUCUGUGUGCUUGCUGCUUUUGACGGUAGUCCACCAUGGCCCAGUGUGUUCAGUCUGUGCAGGAGUUCGUUCAGGACUCGUUUGUCCCUAUGGUGGCCGUCUUAUGUAGUGAAGAAGCGGAGAGAGUGACUCGCAAGAACAACCUAAAUUUUGCUGAGCUGCUGAGGCCUUUCUGCAGAUUAACGUCCGAAGGUCACAUCCGUGACCCCAACAACCAGGUGCAGGUUGUGAAAAACCUGCGCAUCUGUGUCAACAAUGUUGUGAUAAGUCCAAACACAGUGUCUGCUGCCCUCAGUCCCUCCCAGUGUCGACUCCUCAAUGAAGUGGUGUUAUCCUGCCAGCCGCAAGAGGGCGCUGUGACCAAUGUGAUCACAGCAGGAGACUAUGACCUCAACUUCAGUGAUCACUCUCUUAAAGCUAGCACCCCCUGGUACAGUGCCUGGAAAGAAACACUGUUGGAAGUCAGCACCUCCAAGCACUACACAGCAACCACGCCCUGGUUUGAAACCUACAGGGAGAACUUCCUGCAGUCGAUGCCUGCCUCAGACCAUGAGUUCCUCAAUCACUACCUUGCCUGCCUACUGGUAGUGUCUUCCACUGAGACAGUCCCUGUGGAGCACUUCCUCAAGCUUUCCCAGGAGCAGCACAGGAUUCAACACAGUGGAGAAUACACUAACCCCAAGUGGUUUAUUCCCAACACACUCAAGUACUACGUCUUACUUCAUGACAUGAGUGAGGGUGAUGAACAGAGGGCAGAUGCAGUGUAUGAAGAUAUGAAACAGAGGUAUGGUUCUCAGGGCUGCUAUCUAUUGAAAAUGAACUCUCGGACCUUCUCAGCUGAAGAAGAUGAGCAGAUUCCAGAUCCGUGGAGUCAAUACCUACAGAGGAGUAAUCUGCAUAACCAGGAUGUGCUUGAGGAUGUAGCUCCAACUGUAAACAUUGCUGCUGUUGAGAACAACAUCAGUGAAGUUGACUGCCAUCACUCAAUAGAGAAAGACGGAGUGUCCAAUAGCCUGGAAAACCAUCCUCUCCAGCUGGAAACAGCCAGCAGCUCUGGGACCCUGCACACUCUCAGUGCUGUCAACGCUGACCUGAAGAAAGGUGCAAGAGAUCCAGAGACUCUGGCGGGAGGAGCAGGGAGUCAUGGGGCAUGUCUGACCCUGAAUGACCAUGACCACAUCAGACAGUUCAUUCAAGAGUUCACCUUCAGAGGGCUGCUGCCACACAUAGAGAAGAAUAUCAGACAGCUUAAUGACCAGCUGGUCUCCAGGAAAGGUCUGAGUCGGUCUCUGUUCACUGCAACCAAGAAGUGGUUUGGUGGAGGAAAAGUUCCAGAGAAGAGCAUCAGUGAACCAAAGAGCACAUGUGGCCUUCUAUAUCCCCCAGAAGCCCCUGAGCUGCAGAUCAGGAAAAUGGCCGACCUGUGCUUCCUGGUUCAGCACUACGAGCUGGCCUACAGCUGUUACCACACUGCCAAGAAAGACUUCCUGUCAGACCAGGCCAUGCUGUAUGCUGCAGGGGCACUGGAAAUGGCUGCAGUGUCAGCCUUUCUGCAGGCUGGAGCUCCCAGACCAUAUCCAGCACACUACAUGGACACCGCCAUACAAACGUACAGAGAUGUCUGCAAAAACAUGGUGCUGGCUGAGCGCUGUGCUUUACUCAGUGCUGAGAUACUCAAGAGUCAGGGCAAAUACUCAGAGGCUGCAACUCUUCUCAUUAAGAUGACCAGUGAGGACUCUGACCUGCGCAGUGCUCUGCUGUUGGAACAGGCUGCCCACUGCUUUAUUAAUAUGCGUAACCCUAUGGUGCGCAAGUUUGCCUUCCAUAUGAUCCUGGCUGGUCAUCGUUUCAGCAAAGCAGGACAGAGGAGACAUGCACUGCGCUGUUACUGCCAAGCCAUGCAGGUGUACAAAGAGAGGGGCUGGUCUUUGGCAGAGGACCAUAUCAACUUUACAAUCGGCCGCCAGUCCUUCACACUUCGCCAACCAGAGAAUGCUGUAAUAGCCUUCAGACAGAUCCUGACCAAUGACAGCAGGCAGACAGCCACACAGCAGGGCGCCUUUCUCAGAGAGUAUCUCUAUGUUUACAAGAGUGUGAUAGGGGGAAAUGAAGUCAGCCUCCCCCAGCUGCCUCUGCCGUACAUCCACAGCUCAGCCACAAGGGUCUACUUUGGACAUGAACGCCGCCUUGCACAAGGCGAAAAGCAGGCAGCCACUCAUGUGUCCCUGGACCAGGAGUAUGACCAGGAUUUGGCAGCCAUGUGGUGCCACCUAGAGGAGCAGCUUGUGGCUGCCGCCAACCGGGGAAUUGUCCCAGUUAACUUCCAGACCACCCAGUGCUGCCUGAAUAGCCAAACAGACAACCUGCGCCACCCACUGGCUGUGGUGGAGGAACCAAUUAUAGUGGAGGUGACGUUCAGGAACCCUCUAAAGGUUUCUCUGUCCCUGUCUAACCUCUCACUUGUCUGGAGGUUCACUGCUGAUUGUGCAUCUCCAUCAAAGGAGAAGACGACUGAAGAGUUGUCCAUCACUAAUGAGGAGAACCUCGCUCUAGGGAUUACACAGAAAGAUGACCUUGUCACAACAGAGGUUAUCCCAGAGUUUAAUAUGGGUUCAGAGGAGACCAAAAUGGCUCGACUCAGGCUGCUACCGCACAGAACAGGUCAGCUGAACAUUGUGGGUGUGGUGUACAGCCUCGCUGCAGCCUCCUCUGGAGAGAUGGCUACCAGCACUGAAGACCAGCAGACAUCGGAUUUGAUGGUGGUUCGUGGCAGACAGGAACUGAAGAUCCGUGGCCCUCGACUCAACCAGACCAAAGAAGACAAGAUGUCUGUUCGACAUGGUCCGGAUCUACGUCUGGAUCCCAUCAUAACACCACCCAUGCCCCUAAUGGAGGUCUUCUUCCUGCAAUUUCCCACUGCUCUUCUGUGUGGUGAGAUCAGAAAGGCCUAUGUUGAGUUCUGUAAUGUCAGCAGUGUUGCUUUGUGCGGCCUUCGAGUGGUGUCCACACACCCUGAUUUCUUCACUUUUGGGAGUCAGGCCACAACACCCCUCAGCCCGACCUCAGCUGAAAACUGCUCAGCCUAUAAAACCUUGGCCACAGCCCCCGAGCCAGGCUUAGUGGCAUCUGAGAUUUUGGUUUCAGCUGAAGAUUUCAGCCAGUCAUCAGGUGUGAUGGAGAUUCCAAUAGAUGGCUGCACACUGCAACCGGGAGAGUCCACCCAGCUGCCUCUCUGGCUCAGAGGACCAGACCAGGAGGGAGUUCAUGAAAUCAAUUUUCUCUUCUACUAUGAGAGCACAAGCAAAGGAAACAAAAUCAGUCAUCGGGUGUUGCGUCACACAGUGUUUAUCUGCGCCAGUCGGUCUCUGAGUGUGCAGGCAUCAGCCUGCCGCAGCAGUGUUCCUCUACAUCACAGUCUGGAUGACAAAGGCGACGGUGGAGCUAUGGUCUUCAUUGAUGUGGAGAACAUCAAUACGAGUGAAGCUGGCGUGCGUGAGUUUCACAUCGUCCAGGUGUCCAGCAGCAGUCAGCACUGGCGCCUCCACAAGUGUAUCAACCCAGCCAAGGAUAAAGACUGUAAACUCAUCAGCAGAGAAAGAGCCAAGUUGUGUUUCAGAGCCACACGGUGCAAGCCCCACCAAGAUGCCAUAGAGAAAUACACCUUUGCAGACCUGAAUCUGGGAAAUGAACGGAUCAUCAGUUCCUCCACACCCUGUGGAGAUUUCUUCUUCCGUGGCUGUCGGACCUCAGAGUCUCAGCAAGUUGAUGUGGCAUCAUCCAGGACAUCAUCUAGCAGCAAGAAGCAGGGCCCCACUGAGAACAGAGCCUCUGCCAUCGCCAACAUUGUCAAGAAGUGUAAUGAACUGGACCUCAACAUUAUUGUAAUCUGGAAGGCCUAUGUGGUCGAGGAUAACAAACAGCUGAUCUUAGAGGGCCAGCUCCAUGUGGCACUGCAGACCAUCGGCAAAGAGGCCAGUUCUCUGACUCCCAGAGAGGAAACUCAGGAGAUGGUGCUGCUCAAGUUUAAAUCAGAGUUUCCUCCUAUAGUCGUCCUACCUCCUGCAGAGCUGUCCCAACUCAUCAAAACCAACCUGCACUACCCUGAGACCUACACACAUCCAUUUGUCCAGGAUAGUCUCUGUGUGGUGCCGGUUACUCUGACUCUGUCCAACUGUUCCUUGGCUCAAGUGGAUGUCAUUAUUGACUUACGGCACAAAAGCACCAGCCCAGAGUCUAUGGAGGUCCACAGCUCAUUCACCUGGGUGGGUCAGACCCAGUACAAACUGCAGCUGAAACCUCAGGAGGUCCUGUGCCUGACCCUGCGAGCCUGUUUCCUCCAGGCUGGAGUCUACAACCUUAACACGCCACGAGUCUUUGCCAAGCCAACUGGGCAGGGAGCCAUGUGUGAGACAAGUCAGCAGACUUCUAUUCCUGCUCUCAUAAUCAUCAACAAUGCCUGAGUGCAGCAUCGUGGCCUGCAGACAAAAGGACCUGGACUCAGAAAUCACUGAGCAGAGUCUACACACAUGAUCGUACUUGUUCCUCUUGAUUAAUACUGGAAAUACAGAUGUUUUGUACAAAUUAGUAAAAUAGAGAGGUACUGAUGAGCUGAUGUUACAGAUUAAGCAGUCAGACAGUUUAUUGACCGCAGAACUAUCUAAUUUCAUCGGUCAACCAUCAAAGAUUUUCAGUUGCACAUUACCUUUUCUGUUCAAAGCUCUCUCAUUAACACACAGAUUUGCCCUCCUUCCAUCCAGCCCUCUGUACCUCUGCUGUGUCCAUCCACUUAUCACCAGCAUCUCAAACACCCACUUGUGUUUGGAACUUAACAAAAGUUAGAUCAUAACUAGACCAGAAUGUUUACUCUGAUCUAAAUCCUUAAGGCAUAGUCAGAGAAAAACCUUGUGUGUGGUGUGUGUCCAUGUUGAGCCACACACCAGAGUUUGGUCCAGUUCAGCUGGACUGGCCUUUAGUUCCAGACUCUGUGGACUGACUUUGCAUCUGACAACAACUUCAAUCUGCAAAUAUGCUGACUUCUCUAAGAACCAGAUGUGUAAAAUUCAUGAAUGGACUGAGCAGUAGUUUUGAAAGUGAUUCUAAUAAGAGUUGUUUACAUCAUGGAUAUUGUACACAUCACCACCCAGUCAUCUUUUCAUUGAGUCUACAGCUUCUCCUGAAGUCCUUAGCAAGAGGUUGAUGGGUCAACUCCCUCUUACUGCCCAUUCUGUGUGAUUUACUACCCAUGUUGUCUCAUUUGCAUGCAGUUGAUUUUAGAGUCUAACCUAUCCAUUCAGCAUACCACCCUAACCUGUGUGUUUAACCUCACCAUAUUUUGAUCAAGCUUGUAUCCAUUGACUUCACAGCUUUUCUGAAAAUGAUGUAUUAUAUUUAUAUAACAAGUUGGAUGUAAAUAGAAAAUAAAAAUGUAACUAAUAAAA